CCCGGGCCUGGCCGGCCGCUUCCCGCCUCAGCCGCCACCUCCGCCCCCGCCGCCGCAGACGCAGCCGAGCAGGAGAAGCGGGAAGCGCAGCCAGUUGGCCCUGCCCGGCCCGGCGCGGCCCGGAGCCGCGGCGCAGGAGGAAGCCGUCACACUUUCCUUUCCACUGUGGUUUGGGAGCAUGAAGGCGUUGCUUACCCCCUUUGUCUGGUUCACUGUAUGUAGGCUGGGAGUGUCUGCUGAUCACUUGGAGUGCUGUCCCCUAGAACAGGAGGAAUAAGAUUGAGGACCCCUGCAGUGUACCAUGAGUCGGUAAUGCCCACUGAGGACCUCUGGGAGCCAUGUCAGACGAAUCCGCCUCAGGGAGCGAUCCAGACCUGGACCCGGACGUGGAGCUGGAGGAUGCGGAAGAGGAGGAGGAGGAGGAGGAAGUGGCAGUGGAGGAGCACGGCAGGGAUGACGCGGAAGACCUACUGGAUGACCCAUCCCUGGAAGACAUGUGUGGCACUGAGUGUGCCCAACUGGAGGAAGAUGGGCAGCGGCCACCGCGGUGCACUUCAACUACCUCAUCUCAGUCUGAGCCUUCAGAGCAGCUUAGGCGCCACCAAGGCAAGAGCCUCACCUCCGAGGACCCCAAAAAGAAGAGAGCUCAGAAGCCCUCCCACAUGAGGAGAAAUAUACGAAAGCUGCUCCGGGAGGAUCAGUUGGAGCCCGUUACCAAAGCAGCACAACAGGAAGAGUUGGAAAGAAGGAAACGCCUGGAGCAGCAGAGGAAGGAUUACGCAGCCCCCAUUCCUACUGUUCCCCUGGAGUUCCUUCCUGAGGAAAUUGUCUUAAGAGCAAACGAUGGUCCCCAACUGCCUCCUCGGGUCCUGUCCCAGGAAGUCAUUUGUUUGGACAGCAGCAGUGGCAGUGAGGAUGAAAAAAGCAGUCGAGAUGAAGUGAUUGAACUGAGCUCUGGAGAGGAAGAUACCCUGCAUAUUGUGGACAGCAGCGAAUCUGUCAGUGAGGAAGAUGAGGAAGAGGAGAAGGGUGGUACCCACGUGAAUGAUGUCUUAAACCAGCGUGAUGCUCUGGGGCGGGUCCUUGUCAAUCUGAACCACCCUCCGGAGGAGGAGAAUGUCUUCCUGGCCCCACAGUUGGCACGGGCAGUGAAACCUCAUCAGAUUGGUGGGAUCCGGUUCCUGUAUGAUAAUCUGGUUGAAUCCCUGGAGAGGUUUAAGACCAGUAGUGGCUUUGGCUGUAUCCUGGCCCAUAGCAUGGGUCUGGGGAAAACUUUGCAAGUGAUCUCCUUCAUCGACGUCCUCUUCCGCCACACGCCAGCCAAAACUGUCCUUGCCAUUGUGCCGGUUAAUACUCUUCAGAAUUGGUUGGCAGAGUUCAACAUGUGGCUUCCAGCACCUGAAGCCCUUCCAGCUGACAACAAGCCUGAAGAAGUCCAGCCUCGGUUCUUUAAAGUUCACAUCUUGAAUGAUGAGCACAAGACAAUGGCAGCUCGUGCUAAAGUGAUGGCUGAUUGGGUAUCAGAGGGUGGGGUACUACUGAUGGGGUACGAAAUGUACAGACUCCUCACCCUGAAGAAAUCCUUUGCCACAGGUAGAUCGAAGAAAACCAAGAAACGCUCUCACCCGGUCAUCAUUGAUCUGGAUGAGGAAGAUCGACAGCAGGAGUUUCGGAGAGAGUUUGAGAAGGCCUUAUGCCGCCCUGGCCCUGAUGUGGUGAUUUGUGACGAGGGACACCGCAUCAAAAACUGCCAGGCCAGCACCUCACAGGCCCUGAAGAACAUUCGCUCUCGCCGCCGAGUGGUGCUGACCGGGUACCCCCUGCAGAACAACCUCAUUGAGUACUGGUGCAUGGUGGACUUUGUGCGCCCAGACUUCCUCGGCACCCGGCAGGAGUUCAGCAACAUGUUUGAACGCCCCAUCCUGAAUGGGCAGUGUAUUGACAGCACGCCUCAGGAUGUCCGCCUCAUGCGGUACCGGAGCCACGUCUUGCACAGCCUCCUGGAAGGCUUUGUGCAGAGGAGAGGCCACACUGUGCUGAAGAUUCAUCUACCUGCCAAGGAAGAAAAUGUGAUCCUGGUGCGGCUCUCAAAGAUCCAGCGAGAUUUGUACACACAGUUCAUGGACCGUUUCCGAGACUGUGGUAGCAGUGGCUGGCUGGGGCUGAACCCCCUCAAGGCUUUCUGUGUGUGCUGCAAGAUCUGGAAUCACCCGGAUGUGCUGUAUGAAGCCCUUCAGAAGGAGAGUCUGGCCAAUGAGCAGGACCUAGAUGUGGAAGAACUUGGCUCAGCUGGGACUAGUGCUCGCUGCCCAUCACAGGGAACAAAAGGCAAGGGGGAGGACAGCACCUUGGCUUCCUCAAUGGGAGAAGCAACCAAUAGCAAAUUCCUACAAGGGGUUGGUUUCAACCCUUUCCAGGAGCGAGGCAACAACAUUGUCACAUAUGAAUGGGCCAAGGACCUUUUGACUAAUUACCAGACUGGGGUCUUAGAGAACUCUCCCAAAAUGGUAUUGCUUUUCCACCUGAUUGAGGAAAGUGUGAAGCUUGGGGACAAGAUUCUCGUGUUCAGCCAGAGCCUUUCCACUUUGGCUCUCAUCGAGGAAUUCCUAGGGAAACGAGAAGUGCCCUGUCUACCUGGUGCUGAUGGGCAAGGAGUACAGAAGUGGGUUCGAAACGUCAGCUACUUCCGGCUAGAUGGUAGCACCCCUGCCUUUGAGAGGGAGCGGCUCAUUAAUCAGUUCAAUGAUCCCAGCAACCUCACCACCUGGCUAUUCCUUCUGUCCACAAGGGCUGGAUGCUUGGGUGUGAAUCUGAUCGGUGCCAACCGAGUGGUGGUGUUUGAUGCUUCUUGGAACCCUUGCCAUGAUGCCCAGGCAGUGUGUCGGGUAUACCGUUAUGGCCAGAAAAAGCCCUGUCACAUCUAUCGCCUUGUGGCUGAUUUCACCCUUGAAAAGAAGAUCUAUGACCGACAAAUUUCCAAGCAGGGCAUGUCAGAUCGGGUGGUGGAUGAUCUCAAUCCAAUGCUGAACUUUACCCGGAAGGAGGUGGAGAACCUACUGCACUUUGUUGAGAAGGAGCCAGCUCCCCAAGCAUCCUUGAACAUAAAGGGGAUCAAGGAGCCAGUACUCCAACUUGCCUGUCUGAAGUACCCUCACCUCAUCACCAAGGAGCCUUUUGAGCAUGAGUCACUGCUCCUUAACCGAAAGGAUCACAAGCUGACCAAGGCUGAGAAAAAAGCAGCAAAGAAAAGCUAUGAGGAAGACAAGCGCACAUCCGUCCCCUAUACCCGCCCAUCGUAUGCGCAGUAUUACCCUGCAAGCGACCAGAACCUGACCAGCAUCCCUGCUUUCAGUCAGAGAAACUGGCAGCCAACACUGAAGAGUGAUGAGAAGCCUGUGGCCAGUGUUCGUCCUGUGCAGUCCACCCCCAUCCCCAUGAUGCCCCGGCAUGUCCCACUGGGAGGCAGUGUAAGCUCUGCCUCCAGCACAAAUCCAGCCAUGAACUUUCCGAUCAACUACCUACAGCGCGCGGGGGUCCUUGUGCAGAAGGUGGUCACCACAACAGAUAUUGUUAUUCCUGGACUCAACAGCUCCACAGAUGUACAGGCGAGAAUUAAUGCUGGUGAGAGCAUUCACAUCAUCCGUGGGACGAAAGGGACAUACAUUCGCACCAGUGAUGGGCGGAUCUUUGCUGUCCGAGCAACUGGCAAACCGAAGGUCCCAGAAGAUGGUCGGAUGGCUGCCUCAGGUUCCCAGGGGCCUUCUCUCGAAUCCACAAGCAACGGCAGACACAGUGCCUCAUCACCCAAAGCCCCCGACCCCGAGGGGCUGGCCAGGCCCGUCUCUCCAGACAGCCCGGAGAUCAUCAGUGAGCUCCAGCAGUAUGCAGAUGUGGCUGCCGCCAGGGAAUCCCAACAGAGCUCCCCAAACUCCAAUGCCGCCCUGCCUGGCCCCCCGGCUCAACUCGUGGACAGCAGUGCUGUUCCUGGGACAGCUCUCGGGACUGAGCCUCGACAUGGGGGUCAUUGCCUCAAUAGUUCCCUCUUGGUGACCGGCCAGCCCUGUGGUGACAGGAACCCAGUGUUGGACUUACGGGGCCAUAAGCGAAAGAUGGCCACGCCACCUGCUGCCCAAGAGUCAGCCCGCCGGCGGUCCAGGAAAGGCCACCUGCCAGCCCCCGUGCAGCCGUACGAACACGGGUAUCCAGUUUCUGGCGGGUUUGCCAUGCCACCCGUCUCCUUAAACCAUAACCUCACCGCUCCCUUCACCUCCCAGGCUGGGGAGAACUCCUUGUUUAUGGGCAGUACCCCCUCCUACUACCAGCUGUCCAAUUUGCUGGCAGAUGCCCGCCUGGUGUUUCCAGUGACUACUGACCCUCUGGUGCCAGCAGGCCCCGUCAGUUCCUCCUCCACGGCUACCUCAGUCACUGCCAGCAACCCCACCUUCAUGCUCAACCCGUCUGUUCCAGGGAUACUACCCAGCUAUUCACUCCCAUUCUCACAGCCACUCCUGUCCGAGCCGAGGAUGUUUGCGCCUUUUCCUUCCCCUGUCUUACCCAGCAACCUUUCACGGGGCAUGUCUGUCUACCCAGGCUACAUGUCCCCACAUGCAGGCUACCCUGCUGGCGGCCUCCUCCGGUCCCAGGUGCCUCCAUUUGACUCUCAUGAGGUUGCUGAGGUGGGCUUCAGCUCCAAUGAUGACGAGGAUAAGGACGAUGAUGUGAUAGAGGUCACUGGGAAAUAGCUGGGGAGCCCCUCUCCACCUCACUCGGGGCCCCCCAGCAGGUUGCCCACCAAGCUGAAAGGCAGCAAUCUGGGCUUUCUGAGAAUAGGGCACUUGGCAGGAGGGGAAAGGAAGAGGGCAAAGAAAGGUGGUUGACUGUAGUGGCAGGGCUCUGUUGCUGUGUAACAAAAG